ACAGAAAAGCUUUUACAUCUUGUUUCUUUACUUUUGUGGUUGAGAUCACAUGGAGUCCGGUUCAGGCGAGGGUACAGGCGGGUUCUCGGCCAUGGACGACUAUGAAACCUUGAUUUCCACGACAGAUGCAGAUCUCCUCAAGCGUUCAUGGCGGAACGAGAAGGCAGCCCCUGAGAUUCUUCAAUUUGAGUCUUCUUUAGUUCAGAGGUCCAGAGAACAAAUUCAAUUGAUGGAAGAAACUGUGGAGGAGUUCAUGAAGAAUGGUGAAGACCCACUUACUGUUUCUCUUUAUCAGAUGGAUAUUGAUAGGACUUUGUUUUUGUUAAGAUCAUAUCUAAGGACUCGUCUUCAGAAGAUUGAGAAAUUCAUGUUCCACAUCCAAAAAACUGCUGAUCUUUGGGCUAGGCUGUCUAGAGAAGAACAGAAGUUUGCCAAGAGGUCCAUUGAAGACAUGAAACAACAUUUAGAGCAAUCUGUUUCGAAUAAAUUGCCCGAUCGUUACAAGUCCCAUUUGAAGCAAUCUGUUAUAAGUGAAGAGGAUGACAUGGUCAUGGAACCAAAAUUAGAUGCAUUCGUCAUCUGUAGAACCAGAAAAUUUUUAGGAUCUCUCCCAGUCGAUGACAGUGGAGAAGAAAACCCAUUGGACAUGUAUGCAGGGGACAUAUAUGCACUGCGUUACAAGUCAAUAAAACCACUAAUUGAAACUGGCCAACUUGAUCUGGUUUGAUUCUAUUUCUUUUCCCAUUUAUUUGUAUCUCAUGGAUAUUAUCUGUCUGCUUGCUGUAAUAGUAGAAAACAUUAUCAGGGUGUUUAAAACACUAUAAACCGCAAUACAUCUUGCGA